UCGGCGGCAGUUCAAUAAUUUCCCUGCACAUGGUUUUAUGAAAUCCUGAAAAUUUCAACCUUUGAAGUCUAAGUUCAAUUCCUAAGUUAUCUUACACAAUACUGUAUUUAAGUGAAAACUACUGGGGCUUAUUCCAGAGGUCAAUCAAUUCAAAAUGGCCAAGGAAAGUGAUGUCGGCGAAGUGACAAACYUGUUGGAAAAGACGAAAGUGGCGCAACUGAAUCUCCUGUCGUUCAAAGGCCGAAGUCUUAAGCUGAAUACUGCUGAAGAUGCUGAUGAAAUCUGUGAAGCAAUUAAGAGCUCUAAAGACAUGCAAGCGUUAUGUCUAGAGGGUAAUACUGUUGGUGUUGAUGCAGCUAAAGCCAUUGCUGAGGCAUUGUCGAAAAGACCAGAAUUUGAGAGGGCAUURUGGAGUGAUAUGUUUACAGGAAGAGUUCGGUCAGAAAUUCCACCAGCCAUGGAAGCCUUAAGCGAUGCUGUUAUUUCAUCCAAUGCCCAACUUGUAGAACUGGAUUUAAGUGACAAUGCAUUUGGACCAGAUGGAGUCAAAGCUUGUGUAAAACUGCUGACAAGUAAAGCAUGUUACUCAUUGAAGAUUUUAAGAUUUAAUAACAAUGGACUUGGUGUUGGUGGAGGAAAACUAUUAUCAAAAGCUUUGCUAGAUUGCCAUCAAUCAAGUUCAGACUUUGGAAAACCAUUAAAACUAGAAGUAUUUAUAUCUGGUAGAAAUCGUUUGGAGAAUCCAGGAGCUAAGGCUUUAUCGGAAGCUUUUAAGGUAAUCAAAACAAUAGUAGAAGUACAGAUGCCUCAAAAUGGCAUACAACACGAAGGGAUUGCAGCUCUUGCAGAGGCAAUGGCAUUUAAYCCUAAUUUAAAAGUUCUAAACUUGAAUGACAAUAUAUUUACAGAAAAGGGUGCAGAAGCUAUGGCAAAGGUUCUUCCUCAACUUSCCAGCAUUGAGAUCAUUAACUUUGGUGACUGUUUAGUUAAAACUGAUGGCGCACAUAUGCUGGCUGAUGUACUUGUAAAAGAAGCACCAAAUUUAAAGGAGCUUCAUCUGGGAUAUGAUGAAAUCAACAAAGAUGGAGCCUUAGCCAUUGCCAAGGCAUUAGMCAAGAAGGAGUUUUUAGAAAAGAUUGAUUUAAAUGGCAAUUGUCUUGGUCAAGAUGGAGUUGAAGAAUUACAAAMAUUACUCACAACACAAGACCAGCAAGACUAUCUAGGAUCCAUGAGUGAUGACGAGGGUGAUGAAGAUGAUGAUGAAGAUGAAGAUAUUGAUGAUWUAUGUGGAGAUAAUGACAGUGAAGGWGAYGSUGAUGAAGUAAGCGAUGUKUCGUUACAAGUUAAAGGAGUUAGUAUCCAGUCUAAAUCACCUCUCCUUGGGACUGACGAUGACAUUAAACAAGAACUGCAACAUAAGGCUACUGACAAGUCAUGAACAGCUUUAACCAUAAUGAAUUCUACAGCCAUUUUGGAUAAAUCUACCUUGAAGGAAUSAAUUUGCUUACACAGGAAGRGUUGAACUUAGAUUGUUAAAGAAAUAUGCAAAAGACGRAAGCAGCGCUCAGUGGCAGCCAUGUUGGUAGUACUUCAAGAAAGGUUUUCUUGUUAGUGUAUAGAGUGCAAACACUAGAACCAUAACAGCUUUUACUAAUUAAAUGGUGCUAAUUUAUUUUAAAGUAGAGUGAAGUAAAGUAAAGUCAUUAAAAAAAGAAAACAAUAYRAUUAGAGCAUACKGAGUUGUAUUAGUSUGAUAUCUAUUGCACGGCUUUUUGACCUCACUCUAAAAAAAGUAGUUAAAUAGAUAUUGCUCUAGUAAACGUUAGUAUGGUCUAAUUGCAUUACUGUUUUUUUCAGUGUAUUUACGUUACUAUCACACUUUAAUAGUCGAAUUAUGCUUCAUGGGUUGAGAGUGAAGCCYUUAAACCCAUGAAACAAAAUUUGACCAUUAAAGUGUGAUAGACAGAUAGACACAAAAGAAAACAAUGCAAUUAGGGUGUACUAAAGCUURUUAKUGUAAUACCUAUUUCACGGUUUUUUGACUUCAYUGCAAUGAAUUUCUKUGUUUGUUUUUAUUUAUUUUUUAUUGUCUAAUCUACACUAUUGCACUAUUUAGCACAAUUUAGUUAGUACUCCACACUUUU